GUCAGGCAUUCGCUCGAAGGACGUUUCGCUGAACCAGUGGCGCAACGUCUUUUUCGGCAACUGGUCAGUGCUGUAGUCUACCUUCACGCCGCGCGCAUCCUGCACCGCGAUAUCAAGCCCGAGAACAUCCUGGUGUCCUCGGACUUGGAGACACUUCACUUGACUGACUUUAAUGCAUCGAGGUCUCUACGUGAGGGCGGCUCACUGACCAUGACUGGCACUCUGGAGUACGCUGCUCCUGAGGUCUUGGCCUCUGAGUCUCCCUCCGAGAAGCACGACGUCUGGGGCCUAGGUCUUUGCCUGCACCUGAUGGUGAUAGGUCAGCUUCCGCGUCGCAUGCACGAGUAUGCCAAGUUUUCGGAUUUCUGCAAUGCCGUUCAGCGGCUCCCAGUCAAUUGCACGGGUCCUGACUGGAAAGCCCUGUCGGAGGAAUGCAAGUACACAGUGCAGCAAUGCCUCGCAGUAGACAAGACCCUGCGUCCGGCGGCUCUCAUCAUCGCCAACUUCAAGUGGCUCCAGGAGACAGAGAAACCGAGGUCCCGUCGCAAUUCGCU